CUCGGCUUUGUUUUUCAGCAACCCAUUCAUUCUUUCUAUUGCCCUUUGUUUUCGUUGUCCUGCACCAAUGCUGAGGACUGCAUCUCGCAGAUAGUAUUCUUGCUAUUUGUAAAUUCCUUCGUGCAGACGCGAGAUGACGGACAAGCUACCCCCUCCACUCCUUGCGCUCUUCCAGCCUCGUCCGCCUCUUCGUUAUCUCCCUCCCACUGAUCGUGCUCCCGAUGAUGUCAAGAAAAGUUCUAUUUCUGGCGUUGCACAAUUUCUAGAUGACUUCAAAAGAUACCCAGAAGAGGUUCCAUACCAACCUAGCGAGAGCUGGUUACAGCGCAAAUGGCGCGAGAAGAUAGAGAAGAAGGAACGAUUUCCACAACAAUUGGCGGAAACCCUACAGAAUUAUGAUCCCAAUAAUGAUCCGCAAGCUCGGGGUGAUCCAUUCAGGACCCUUUUUGUUGCUCGCCUCAGCUAUGAUGUGAAGGAAUCCGAUCUCGAACGCGAGUUUGGGAGAUUCGGGCCAGUUGAGAGGAUUCGCAUCGUCAAAGACACUACAGGAAAUUCAAAGAAGCCCCACAGGGGAUAUGCAUUCAUCGUUUAUGAGCGUGAAAAAGAUAUGAAAGCCGCCUAUAAAGAAACAGAUGGUAUACGAAUUAAGGAUAGGCGUGUUCUGGUUGAUGUGGAACGCGGUCGAACCGUCAAAGGCUGGAAGCCCCGUCGCUUUGGAGGAGGACUUGGUGGUCGUGGGUAUACCAAGGCACUACCGUCACGUCCCAUCGGACCUGGAUUUAAUGCGCCUUCUGGACCUGGCGGCUAUGGCGGUGGAUUUCGGGGUGGUUAUGGUGGUAGGGGAUUUCGAGGAGGCUACCGUAGUGACCGGUCAUAUGGUCCACCUCGAGGUGUUGGAUACCAAGGUGGGCGUAACGGAUAUGGCGGACAGCCGCCACCAAAUGCUCCAUCUGGCCCUGGAGGUGGUCGCAAUGCUGGUUUUGGUGGGUCCUACUCUGGUGGUGGGAAGUACGAACGCGAUGCUCGUGGCCCAACAGGCAGCAAUCGUGAACCAGUGAAACCAAGGGAAGGCCAUACAUUCCGUGACCGACGUGACUAUGACCGUGAUCGUGACCGUGACCGUGAAUACGACCGUCGCAGAGACCGUGAAAGGACUGCCGAGAGGGAGGAUCGAUACCGCGAGCGCGGUCGUGACCGUGACCGGGAACGUGACAGACAUGGCGAACGAGACGAUUAUGGACGGAAGAGGUACCAUGAUGACGAUGGAUACGAUGACCAUCGUGCCAAGCGAAGGUACUAAAAAGAUGUCACUUGGCGUGGGAUAGUCUUCGUCGUCUCCCCUUCUUGAGAUACUCAGCCAUCAUCUGCUAGUGGGUAUACUACGUACCUAAUUAGUCGACCUUUUUCUCUCUGUUUAUUGUUUUUGGUACGGGUAAGAUUUCGCCAGUUAAAUAGUCGACCUAAGAUCUUACGGUGCAUUGCGCUUUCUCCUACUUACAACAGUCCCCAUGAUUCGGCAGCUCUUUCAGCACCUAUUGAACUCCCCGGGAAAUGACGCACCCUGAGCUUUAGGCAUUCCGCCCUUGCCAAAUUUCCCGGGCAAAUACGGCACAGUCUUUCUAGCAGGUUGAGGUUAAGCAUGAAUCGGUUAUUUUCUCUCUGAUCCCCAGCAUAUCAUUCCAUGCUCUUUUUUUUUUUUCUCUUAUUUUUUU